GUAUAAGACCGGGCGGCCGCCGCCAUCUUUCUCUCGGUACCGCGCAGCCAUGGGCCACCAGCAGCUCUACUGGAGCCACCCCAGGAAGUUCGGGCAGGGCUCUCGCUCUUGCCGCGUGUGCUCCAACCGCCACGGCCUCAUCCGCAAGUACGGGCUCAACAUGUGCCGGCAGUGCUUCCGCCAGUACGCCAAGGACAUCGGCUUCAUCAAGCUGGACUGAGCGCCGGGAGGAUGAGGCGACAGCCAGGAGCUCCGGGGGCGUCCCAGGGCCUCCCUGACACAUCUGCCGCGUCUCGGCUCAGUCUUAUUUAAUAAAUGGUCUCCUAACCCA